GGAAGGAUGGUUAUACCUUAUACGCUGUAACCGUUUUGGACUUCAGUUUUCGCGUAAGCGUUACUUCGUUCUCGAUCAUCACCUUCUUCGUAGCUUCAAAUCCGUUCCCAAUUCCGACGAUCAGGAUCCUGUUAGAAGUGCUAUUGUGGAUUCGUGUAUUCGUGUAAUGGAUAAUGGAAGGGAGAGUAUUAACAGAAAAGUGUUUUUCAUUUUCACACUAUAUAACACUUCGAAUCAUAAUGAUCGAUUAAAGUUAGGAGCGAGCCGUCCUGAAGAAGCAGCGAGAUGGAUUCAAUGCUUUCAUGAAGCGUCUUUGAAGGGUGCCCCAGAAGAUAUAGGAUGUUCCAAGAGGAAAUGGCAGUCUUAUAGCUUAAGUGGAUCUUCCAGUAGAAAUCACCAAAAUUCUAUAGACUGGACACUCUCUUCUUCUGAUGUUAUUGCCCCAUCACCUUGGACAAUCUUUGGCUGCCAAAAUGGUUUACGACUAUUCAAGGAAGCAAAAGAUAGGGAUUCUGGUGGGAAGAAACGAGAUGAUCAUCCCGCAAUAAUGGCUGUUGGUGUGGUAGAUGGAACUUCAGAAGCCAUUUUCCAGACUCUUAUGGCACUUGGUCCUUCAAGAUCCGAAUGGGAUUUCUGUUUUUCCAAGGGGAGUGUAGUUGAGCACCUAGAUGGUCACACCGACAUUAUUCUUAAAAGUAAUGUAUGCUGA